CUCUCUCUAUCUAUUCUUGGUUCUCCUGCAGUUUACAGCCGUACAAUAUUACGCUGCAGUUGACCAGAGCCAGUGUUUGUUCAAAGAUAAUGGCAACUUCUUAAGAAACACAAGUUCCUCGCUAGACAGGUAAAACCAGGCAUUUACGAACGAGUGACAAAGCCUCUCCGUCUCUUACCCGCAGGACCAACCACACUUUCUCUCUCGAGCUGUUGAGAGCCCAAACACUGCAGCAAUGCCUCCUCCCGGUGUGUGUCUGAACAUUAUGGAGGCUCGUCAAAAGCAAGACGGUUAUGGUAGCUUCGCCAACCCCGACAGGUUCUUCAACCAAGACUACCAGCAGCUGAAACAGUACUGUGUCGCCCAAGGAGUAAAGUACAUCGAUGAAACGUUCCCCCCUGACAGGAACUCUAUUGGUCAAGGGAUACUAAAACCCUCUGACGUGGCCCGUGUUGUGUGGCUGAGACCAGAAAAAAUUGCUCCUCAUCCAGCCUUCGUUCUUGAUGGGGUCUCCAGGUUUGACUUUGCUCAAGGACUACUUGGAAACUGCUGGUUUCUUGCGUCUAUUGGAGCUCUAACAUUCCAGAAUGACAUCCUUGGACAAGUUGUCCCUCUUGAGCAAAAAUUUGAUGAGAAAUACUGUGGGCUGUUCCACUUCAGGUUCUGGAGAUUUGGAAAGUGGAUGGACGUUGUCAUUGAUGACAUGCUACCGACAAUCAAUGGGAAACUAAUCUUUGUUCACUCUAAAGACCAAAAUGAGUUCUGGCCUGCUUUGCUGGAGAAAGCCUAUGCCAAAGUGUGUGGUUCCUAUACCGACAUGAAUGCUGGAACUCCUGCCGAGGCUAUGAUGGACUUCACGGGUGGUGUUCACAUCUGUAUCAAUCUGUCAGAUCCCCCUUCAAACUUGUGGAUACUAAUGUGCAGAGCUGGCGAAUCCAAGUCACUGAUGAGCUGUGGCACACCCCAAGGGGUGACACCUGCCAACAAGAAAUUGCCAAAUGGGUUGAUCCAAGGCCAUGCCUACACUGUAACGGGUGUGAAACAGAUGAUAAGCCAAAAGAAAGCAGUAAACCUGGUGCGCUUGUGGAACCCCUGGGGCAACGGAGAGUGGACUGGAGACUGGAGUGAUCGGUCAUCUCUGUGGCAAACCGUGAGUGCUAAAGAUCGUGAAAUGUGCCAUUCAGUGGAUGAUGAUGGAGAGUUUUGGAUGGCCCUAGAAGACUUCUGUAAAUUCUACACAGAUCUUGACAUCUGCUCCCUAUAUCCCGACUUCCUUGAUGGACACACCUCUCGUCGCUGGAAGACCUCCAUGUAUGAAGGCAGAUGGGUUGCAGGAACAACUGCUGGGGGUUGCAUGAAUAAUAAAGACAGUUUCUGGACCAAUCCACAGUUUCGGGUCAAGAUUGACGGUGAAUAUUCCCUGAAAGAUGGAGAGAAAAACGUGCUGAUAUCUCUCAUGCAAAAGUCUGACAAGAGAAACAGACACCUGGUCCAAAAUCUCCACAUUGGUUUCACUGUAUUUGAGGUAAAGGAAAAAUACAAGGCGCAGAAGGGAAAAUUCCCAGCCUCUUUCUUUAGCAGCCACGCACCUGUUGCCCAAACUAAAACCUUCAUGAAUGCACGUGAUGUGAUGGAGUUCCUUUCGCUAAAGCCCGGCGAAUACCUGAUUGUGCCAUCCACCUUCAGUCCCAAUGAGAUAUGCUCCUUCAUCUUGACCAUCCUCUCCAGGGAAGAGACCCACGGCUAUGAGAAUUCUAUUGACCACAAGCAUGAGCCGGUCAAGAAGUUCAAAAAAGUCAGAAAUGUUCAGGAAGACGAAAAUAAGAAAAAGCUUUUCAGCCAAUACUCUGACAAGUUGGAAGAAGUGGAUGCUGAGCAGCUUCAAAGGCUUCUAAAUGAAAACAUCCUGAAAGGAGACUUGAAAUCUGGAGGCUUCAGCAUUGAUGCCUGUCGCAGCAUGGUUGCUCUGAUGGAUACAUCAAUCACCGGCAAACUGAACAGUGAGGAAUUUGUCCGUUUGUGGAGAAAGGUUGUCACAUACAAGGACAUUUUCUUCCGCACUGAUGUUUCGCGAACUGGAACACUGUCACUGAGUGAGCUGAGGAAUGCUUUCUUAGCUAUAGGAAUCACUAUCACCGAUGACAUGCUCAAUUUGAUGGCUCUGCGCUACGGGGCCUCCUCUGGACACAUGACGCUGGAGAGCUUCAUCAGUCUCAUCCUUCGCUUGGACAGCAUGUACAAAAUCUUUAGACAACUGUCUAAUGGAAAAGCCAUACAUUUUCAAGAGUCAGAGUGGAUCUGGAUUUCAAUGUACAGUUAACCCAACAAGGGGGAUGGAUGGUACAAAAUCAUGAGGAACUACAUUACACAUUUCAAAAGAGUUUUCUUUCAUUUGCCAAAUUGCAUUAUAGAAAACAAAGAUGUAUUCCUAUGCGAAUGAACCAUUACACACUAACUAAAGAGCUUUUUUUUUACUACUUUGUUAGUGCAUUGCAUUGUGAAAACAUUACAUAACUGAUCUAAUUACAAAAAGCA